GGCGACAUUAUUUUCGACAUGCAGCAAAGUCACGAUGCAAUAAAUGUUGCAGUUUCUAUGAAAAAUGACUGAAAGUACCGUCAGCACUGAAAAAGUUAAUAGCUCUUCUACAAAAGAAACUGUCAGCUUAGAUGAAAGGAAAACAUCAUGGAAAUCAAUAUGGAUUUGUAAUGUCGUAUGUGUCAUGACAGGUGUGCAAUUCUCAAUAUUCUUCACAUCCAUGUGGCCAUACUUGAAUGGAUUAGAUACCUCUGCUAAUUUGGAAUUUUUUGGCUGGACAACUGCAUCGUAUUCGAUUGGUUCCACAAUUUCCACCACCCUUUUCGGUUUCUGGAAUCAAAAGACGAUGUCAACUAAGUACCCAGCUAGCUUGGGCAAUUUGCUGAUGGCACUCGGCAAUUUGCUGUACGGUCUUCUGCCAACUCUCGGUGCAAAAAAGUGGUUUAUGCUUUUGGCGCGUUUUGUUGUCGGCCUUGGCUCAGGUCACCUAUGCGUGUUACGGACGUAUGUAGCCACAGCAAGUAUACCUCGUGAUCGUGCCAAAGCCUUAUCUGUCACCAUUGGAUCUUUUGUAUUUGGGCUAUCAAUUGGGCCAGCACUGCAGGCCUUAUUUACUCCUCUUGGUCGGAGCGGCUUUCAAGUUAACAUUGUUAUUAUAAAUAUGUAUACGUUGCCAGCAUUUUUAAUGGUUAUCGUAUCAUUCAUAUCUAUCGUUUCCCUCUGUACUGUUUUUACCGAAAAUUAUUCUGGAAUCUUGCGUUCCGAUAAAUCCGAUAGGUCAUUAGACGUUGUGAUACCGAAGUUCGACCGAGUCGCCGCCGCAAUUUGUGUUUACUUGUGGUUUACAAUGCAAAACAUUGGGACAAACAUUGAAGUGAUGGCGCCUCCCCUCACGAUAGCGAUGUACAAUUGGACUGAUCACCAGGCGGUACUUUACAACGGUAUUAUUCAAUCUAUUAGUUGUGUUAUUAAUGUCAUAUGCUAUUUUACAAUUGGUUUCACAUCUCUGCAACAUCGCGACAAAAGACCGAUGAUACUAUUCGGCUUGACGUGUUUUACUGCUUACCACGUUAUCAAUUUACCGUGGCCUUUCUAUACGGAAUAUUUGGAUUUCAUGAAAAUAGCUCCCAAUUCAACGACCGAAGAUACGACCUAUAGCGGAGGUUGUUUUCAGCGAUAUCACUGGUGUGCAUAUACAACUAGAGUACCUUUUCUCCUGUAUAGUUUUGCAGCUACAGUUCUUUUUGGACUAGCAUUUCCAUUUUUAGCUUCACCCGUCGGUACGCUCUAUUCCGAGGUACUCGGACCGAGAAGACAGGGCUUAAUGCAAGGCGUGUUUGAAUUCUUUGGCAGCUCGGCUCGAUUCCUUGGCCCAAUUAUUUCUACGACCAUAUUCGAGAAAUCCGGAUACUUAUGGCCAAUGCUAGGACAACUAACGCUAUUGAUCAUCGGUAUCGUUGUGACUAUUACGUUUCGACAAAGAAUGGUUCCAUUACGUAUGAAACCUGAAAUUGGUGUUCCGACAAAAUACAAAUUUGGCACGUUUUACCGACUUUAAAUGAUAAAAAUUGCUUUCUCUGUAUAACAUGCUUUGGGUGGAAUAUGUGUCAGCAUUCUUUGCGGUGAGAAAUAAAUUCAAGAAC